AUGGCCGAUCUGACUACUAGUUCGGCUAUUCCCUUCCUUGCUUCUAUCCCGGCUGCGAAUGCUAAGACCGAGCUAUCCAUAGAAGUGUCAAGCCGAAAUUACUCAAACUUCCCUGAAGACGGUUCUCUCACUCUGGUAUUGGAUAUAUCGAAGAUUGAUGAUUUAACAAUUGCUACCCAAAUGGAUGUUCAUGGCGAGGAUGAUACACAAUGUAAAUCCAUAUUAGGUAUGGAAUUUGACUCUGAACAAUCAGCUUAUGAAUUUUAUAAUUCUUAUGGAGGAAGAGUUGGAUUUAGUAUUAGAAAAGAAUAUGCUCAUAAAAGUAAGACCAGUGAAAUUACUUCAAGGACAUUUGUUUGUUCUAAGGAGGGUCUUAGAAAAUAUGAUAAAAGAGAUUUUGCUUUGGAUACUGAAGAGCAAAUAACAAAUAUUUUUUGGGCAGAUGCUAGAAUGAUAAUUGACUACGGUCAAUUUGGGGAUGUUGUAACAUUUGACACAGCAUACAAGAUUAAUAGAGAGAGCUGCCCUUUUGCUAUUUUCGUUGGCUUCAAUAACCACCGAGAGACCAUUGUUUUUGGAGCUGCAUUGAUGUAUGAUGAAACAACCGAUUCAUUUAUAUGGUUGUUUAAAGCAUUUUUAGAGGCAAUGUCAAAUAAACAUCCAAAAACUAUUUUCACAGAUCAGGAUGCCGCAAUGGCUAAGGCUAUUUCAUAUGUGAUGCCUAACACAUAUCAUAGGCUAUGCACAUGGCAUAUGAUGCAAAAUGCCGUAAAACAUAUGAGUGGCAUUUUUAGCGGUCCUGGUAGGGUAAGAAGUGUUUUGGGAAAGUUUAUAUAUGAGUAUGAGGAGGAAGAGGAAUUUUUUGCAGCUUGGAAUGCUAUGUUAUAUGAGUUUGAUGUUCAUGAUAAUUCAUGGCUGCAAAGCAUUUUUCAUUUAAGGAAAAAAUGGGUUAGGGCAUAUGUUAGGUGGACAUGGUCAGCAGGGAUGAAGAGCACACAACUUAGUGAGAGCUUAAAUGCUGAUUUGAAAGAGUACUUGAGAUCAUAUUACAAUUUGAUUCAAUUUUUCAUUCACUUUGAAAGGGUGCUUAAUGAGAAGCGAUAUAAGGAAUAUGAAGCUGAGUAUGCAUUGUUAUAUAAGUUGCCUAGGAUAAAAGUCCAAGUUCUGAUGUUGACUCAGGCAGGAGAUGUUUACACAAAAACUAUCUUUGAAGAAUUUCAAGAUGAAUAUGUGGGUUCACUUGAGUUAUAUGUAGCAAAUUGUGUUCACAAGGAUGAUUGUUUGGUUUAUAUUGUCAAAGCAUAUCGACAAUCUACAAUGCGUGAAGUGAAGAAAGACAAAGAUGGUAAUUUGUCUUGUUCUUGUAGGUUGUUUGAGAUGAAAGGAAUAUUGUGUAGUCAUGUUAUUAAGGUUCUUAAAGAUGAAAUGAUUAUAAUGGAAAUUCCAAGCCAAUAUAUCCUGAAAAGGUGGACCAAAUUAGCAAGAGCUGAAAUUGUCCAAGAUUACAAAGGGCGCGAUAUUCAAGCUGACCCUAAGUUGGAACAGAGCAGCAGAUACAAGUCAUUGUGCUCCCUCUUUACUAUGAUUUCAUCCCAGGCAUCUGAAUUGGAAGAAACAUAUGAAGAUUGUGUUCAGGAAGGGAAAAAAUUGCUCGCAUUUGUUCAAAAUAAGUUGCGUAUACGUAUCACCAAUGGACCACUAAACUUAAAUGAUGCUAGCUCUACAAUGAGAAUGAAUGAGGGCAGUGAAAAUGUCAUUCAAGCGAAGGGACUGAAGAAAAGGAUUGACCCCAUUUGUGGAAGGUGA